AUGACUCUCGUUGUUCCAGACACAAGUUCGGGGGAAACUGACACUAGAAUGGGCGAAUGGGAGACCAAGCUCGUUGGAAAAACCAUUGGUGAUUUCCAUAGUGUUACGACAUUUAAAAAAUCGGAUCUUCCACAGAAAUCGCGAAUUAUUGAGCCUGGAUCUGUGAUAACGCGAGAUUACAACCCUUACCGUUUAAAUAUUUUUGUUAAGGAAGAUGGAGUGAUUUCUCAUGUAAAUUUUCAAUGA